UGUUUUGUUCAUUAUUAAUUAGCAGAUUUGGUUUUAGUUUUACUGAUAAAAUUAUAUUCGAAGGAGACUUUAUUGGUGUCGUCGUUGUGACUGUAUAACCGAGUAUAUAAAAUAAUCUGUUUGAACACGCAGAGCACAAACUUAUCUUAUCUAACUAAUCUAAUCCAACCGGUUUCCACCCUGUUCUGUCACGCUGUGUUUUCAACGUGAGUAAAGCUCUGCAGAGGAAACCCAGAAACCACCCAACAGAGAUUCUGUGUUUGAAUACAAUCAACACUAUUCACAACUCACACUGCUGAUCACUAAUGAGUCUGAAAAAAAGGGGAAAUAAUCUUCAUCUCUUCGGGCUCAAACCUGCACGACAGAUCUGUGAGAAACGAGCUUUCUCAUCGCAGCUCUGGUGCAACACUUCAGCUCGUCACCACAUCCUGCAGCAGAGCAAACAAACAGCAGCUGGUCUGAGCUCGACUCUGCAGCUUCGCUCAAGACGCUGAAAUGUGGUUUUCCAAAUGAUUUUAUUAUAAACGGACAGUUCCUGCUUCUCUGUGGUUUUCUUAUAUAAAAGCCUCGUGUUGGAUUUAGUGGCAUCUAGCUGUGAGGUUGCAGAUUACAUCUGUUCGAGUACCCGGCCCCUCACACCUCCAAACAUGUGGGCCCCCCCGUUCAGCCCUGGACCCGGGCCCCUCUGCGUUCUGUUAUGAAACAGGCGGAUUUCAUACGUCACGAUUUUCUGAUCCUUCUUAGAUUGGGAUCAAAGGUUGUUGUGAUGGAUUCUGGGGUUAAAGACUCGGACUAACACCGGAGGUCUCUCAGAACGGGUCUGCACGCCGCCAGGGUCUGCACGCCGCCAGGGUCUGCACGAGGGAUUUCAAACAAGCCGUUGAAGUUUGAGCCGGGCACCUGGAAAAUGCAGUUUGUGUAAAAGCCCGUCCAAGAUGUCAACCGCAAACGUCAACCGAGCCGGAGGAGGAACCAAAACCGCCAAAGUGUCCAAGGAUCAAAAUAAGCCCACGUCGGACAUCUUGAAAGGAGCGAUCCAGCUGGGCAUCAGUUACGCUGUUGGAAACCUCAGCUCCAAACCAGACAGAGAUGUUCUCAUGCAGGAUUUCUCUGUGGUGGAGAGCGUCUUCCUGCCGAGCGAGGGCAGCAACCUGACCCCAGCACACCACUACCCAGAUUUCCGUCUGAAGACGUACGCCCCUCUGGCCUUCCGCUACUUCCGAGAGCUGUUUGGGAUCAAACCAGACGACUACCUGUACUCCAUCUGUAAGGAGCCGCUGAUCGAGCUGACCAACCCCGGAGCCAGCAGCUCCUGGUUCUAUCUCACCAGCGAUGACGAGUUCAUCAUCAAGACGGUGCAGCACAAGGAGGCCGAGUUCCUGCAGAAGCUGCUGCCCGGUUACUACAUGAAUCUGAACCAGAAUCAGAGGACGUUGCUGCCCAAGUUCUACGGCCUGUACUGCAUCAAGUGCGGCAGCGUCACCGUGCGCAUGGUGGUGAUGAACAACGUGCUGCCGCGAGCCAUGAAGAUGCACUACAAGUACGACCUGAAGGGGUCCUCGUACAAACGCCGCGCCUCGCGCAAAGAGCGCGUCAAGACCUCGCCCACGUUCAAGGACCUGGACUUCCAGGAGAUGCACGAGGGCCUGCACUUCGACCCCGACACCUACAACGCCCUGAUGAAGACUCUGCAGAGGGACUGUCGGGUGUUGGAGAGCUUCAAGAUCAUGGACUACAGUCUCCUGCUGGGGAUCCAUGUUCUGGACCGGAAGCCGGUGACCAGAGGAAGUCGCUGUGACAGCAGGAGAGGACAGAAGGUCCUGUACUCCACGGCCCUGGAGUCCAUCCAGGGGAACGUCAGGGACCCGGAGCCUGUGGCCGCCGACGACGACACAUUGGGUGGAAUUCCUGCCAAACACAAGGAUGAGAACCUGCUCAUCUUUUUAGGAAUCAUUGACAUCCUUCAGUCGUACAGGUUCAUUAAGAAGGUGGAACACUCCUGGAAAUCUCUGGUGCAUGAUGGGGACACGGUGUCAGUUCACAGGCCCUGUUUCUAUGCAGAUCGAUAUCUUAAGUUCAUGGGCUCGACCGUGUUCAAGAAGAUCCAUCCUUUAAGAGGAGCGUCGUCGAGGAGGAAGAGGAGUUCCAUGAAUGCAGCAAAGUCGGCGUCUCAAGAGUUUCUGUCCCCGCAGAAGGAGGAGAAGAGGCAGGAGAAGAAAGCGCAGAGCUUGGACAACCUGGAUGGAAACUUUUACAAUUCCUCCAAACAACCAGACCUUCUGCCGAGCUCUGUCGUUUCCUUUGAGUCCAGUCGAGACCGUGAAGAGGAUCCAGCAAACAGUGAAGUGCGACGAGCCUCCAGCUCAACCAUUGCGCUGGACGAUCCGCUGCUGACCCUCAGCACGAGCCAAUCAGACUCUGAGCUCGACGUCUACUUGUGAGUGACCAGCUUCCUGUUCUUCUGACCUCUGACCUCUGCAGUGGCAUCAGGAAGUCAGGACGUCAGUAAUGUGAUGCAACAUGUCAGAGUCUCCACUGUGCCUCAGUGACAGUGUGUCAGAAUCACACUGUUUAAUACGUGUGUGUGUGUGUGUGUGUGUGUGUGUGUGUGUGUGUGUGUGUGUGUGUGUGUGUGUGUGUGUGUGUGUGUGUGUCUGUCUGUGUGUGUGUGUGCAUCAGGAUCAUUUAAUUUAAAGUAAAACACUAUCGAGCUUCUUCUUCUUCUUCUCCUUUUCUACUUUGCUGCUAAUUUAACAAACGAAUAAUGAGUUUCAGUUCCUCCUCUGCUCUUUGAUGUUUGAUGUAAAUGUUCAUAUUCAAAUUCCUCAGUGGCUGGAUCUCUGAGGAAAGAAACUUAAUCCUCUAAUAAUGUCUGUUUUAUUUCAAAAUCAAAUAUUUAUAUAGAGAUGUGAGAGCUGAGAUCUUUCAGGUGUUUAAAUAAAAAGAACCAGUUCAUUUCUUAAGAUCUUCAAUCAUCAUUAAGAAUCAUUUGAAUCUUUAUCACGUGUAUUUUUUUAUCUCAGUUUCUAUGACAAAUAAUAUUUCUAGUGUUUCAUGUUAUUAGAAUGUAAAUUCAUAGAUGCUUCGUAAAAAAAUGAACUCAUGAAUUUUGCCGACGUGCCUUAGAAAGUUAAAAACGUGUGAAGUUUGAUGUGAUUCAAAGGCCUUUAACUGUAUCAAAGCAAUAUGUUGUGAAAUAAAUUAAUAUUUAAUGUC